AUGCGACGGAUCAGUUCUCUGCAAGUGCUCGCGGCAGCUCUGCUGCUCGCGUCGCUUGCCAAUGCCUUUCCCCAUGAGGGCAUGGAUAUGAAUAUGGACAUGGACAUGGGUUCAAGCCACAACGAAACCGCGUCGAAACCUGCAUCGGACGAGGGUCCGACGAGCUAUUUUGCGUACAAGGAGCAUGUUGGCACAAUCUUUGCUCACAUCAUCCUGAUGGUGCUUGGCUGGUGUUUUAUCCUUCCCAUAGUAACCGGUGCAGCGGUAAUGCUCAGUGUGGCCCGCUCGCGGUACACAAUCCCGACGCAGUUCGUGUUCUUGAUCAUCAAUGCCCUUGGUCUCUUUUUCGGGAUUGUCUACAAUGCUUCGACUCCGGAUCUCUACGAGAACAAUGCCCAUCACAAGAUCGGCUGGAUUGUGACGUGGGUGGUGGUUGCACAGGUCGUCAUCGGACUGAUUUACGCUUAUUCGGGUCACGGUCGUGUUAAAAACGGUGCUGCAUACGAACGCGCAGCCUUCCUGCCUGUGUCGGCCGAGAACACGAUGGACCACCAGCAGUCAUACCACGAGUACCGCUGGUCCCGAGACAGCGGCCAAGGCACCGAGAGGAACUCGUCCUCCCUCCAAAGUCGUCCAUCCACCCCGGACGGCGAGAAUGGGCACCUUGCGAAGCCGGAAGAGGAUGUCGAGGAAUCGACUCCUCUUGCUCAGGGCUGGUUGCGCAACUCCGUCCUGGAUCGGUUUUUCGCGUCUCGGAUCCCGGGCUUGGUCUCGGAUCGUGUCCUCCGGAUUCUGCGCGUCAUCUACAUCAUUCUUGACCGGAUCAUUCUCCCCUUUGGCUUCAUCGCUCUCUCCACUGGUGGUGUAACAUACGGCGGCGUCUUUAAAGCCCAUGGGAUCUUCAGUGGACUGGCGCAUUUCAUUAAAGGUGGCAUCUUCUUCUGGUACGGUCUCGUCGUCCUGGGCCGUUUCAUGGGCUGCUGGGCGGACUUUGGAUGGGCCUGGAAUGUCAAGCCUCCGCAACAGGUUGUUGGGAAGUCCAAGUCUCGGGUUCCAACGGGAGAGUUCAUCGAGUCUGCAGCCAUUUUCACCUAUGGGUCGACCAAUGUCUUCCUCGAGCAUCUAGGUGGUUGGGGAGGAGCGUGGACACCAACCGAUCUGGAGCAUCUUUCAAUCGCUAUAAUGUUUUUCGGUGCGGGAUUGUGUGGCAUGCUUCUGGAAUCCAAAAAGGUCCGGGAGUGGCUGAACAAGACCCUCCUGCGCCCGUCCAGCCAUGUGGACAAUUAUGACCAGCCAGACCCCAAUUGGGAAGCCCAAAGCGGUGUGUCUAUCAAUCCGAUGCCGGCUCUCAUCAUCUUCCUUCUUGGUAUCAUGAUGGGAUCUCAUCACCAGGAGUCAAUGGUCUCGACCAUGGUUCACAAGCAAUGGGGCUCGCUGCUCGCUGCAGGUGCGCUCGCCCGGGCUUGUACCUACGUUCUCUUCUACAUCAAGCCCCCGACUUCCUAUUUACCCUCUCGGCCUCCAUCGGAAGUUGUCGGUGCUUUCUGCCUCAUCUCUGGUGGUCUCAUCUUCAUGCUGAGUGCUUCGGAUAUCAUGGAUGUCAUGGAUUACUAUGAGUUGGAUGCCAUGUUCACCUUCAAUGUUGUCGUCGGUCUCACCUGCUUCAUCAUGGCAUACGAAAUUAUCGUCAUUGCCAUCAAGGCCUGGGCAGUUAAGAAGGAAUCACCCUCUCAAUCCCAUCCUCCAUCUUGGCUCCCGGCAGCAUAG